AUGUUCCGGCCUUUAGCCUUUUUGCGAAGCAAAGUCCCCGCGCAUAUUAAUCAAGUUCGUCCUUAUCAGCGAGUUCUGCACUCCAUGGAGCAGGGGGUACAGGGGUUAUUGGCAGCCGAAGAGGUCUUUAAGGAAUUUGAGUUCUCCUGUCGAAGUGAGUUCAUAUACGACAACCAAAAAACCUCUUUAGGAAGUGUGAGCCCCAGGAUUACGUCUCGCAAGCCACUUACUGAGUUUUGUGGCGAUGCUAAAGAUGUCGAGCCAUUUACCAUAUUACUUUUAAAGGUCCUGUGUGAUUUGCAUAAAUUAGAGGAGAUGCGCUUCUUAUUCACACAGUGUUUGCUCGAACUGAAUGGUGGUAGAUCGCCAUCCAUUGAGCUAUUUAACGUGUAUUUAUUAGCCAUUUCCAUGACCGAUGCCUAUAGUCAGAACGAGGUGGAUAAUGUUAUCGAACUCAUGCGGUGCAAGGCUGCUACACCGGAUAUCGUUACAAAGCUCUCUGUGUUUAUCUUAUAUUUGAGGCUUGGACAGGACAGCUGCGUUUCAUGGUGGAAGGUCAUCCACGCGGAGGUUCGCGAGGUUGUGGGUCGAAAUGCGGUGCCGCGGUUUCCGCUACUUCCGCUGCGUGUGCAGCACUGUUUUCAAACCUUGAUACGUCUACAUCACGAUGUGGUGGUGAUACGCGAAUGCUUCGAUUUGCUUCACACCCUGCGCCCUGAGAGCUGCACCCCGGCUUUACUACUACCCUAUAUGAUUUUGAGCGUCACGAACGAGGAGACCCCACCGUCUAAUAUAGUGGAUAUCCUAAGAGUCCACGAGUUGACUUGUGAAAAACACAGUGGGCAUUCCACCACUGCACCUUUUCAGAGUUCAUCGGCUAAUCCUAAGAGUUUGGCACCAUCCAGUUGUGCAGAGACUCCAGCUGAUCCGCCGCUACUAAACAGCGAAGCUACCGUCUUUCGUUUGUUAUUGAAGUGCUUUAAAUGGGGUGACGCCGAUGCCGCGCGUUAUGUGUGUGAGUAUCUAAAAAAGCACGAGACAUUUAACAUUAUUGCCGAUGAAAAUCAGCCUUUGAUCUUGCCGUUGUACGCCGGGGCGCUUGCUCGUUCGGGCUUGCUGUUGGAAUCGCUGGAGGUGCUUGAAGGGGUCGCACCUCCGCUAAACCGCCCGGGGAGACUGGCGAGGAUUUUGAACGGCAAUCGCCGCAUCAUGGCUGAUUCCGUUGACGCCGUGGGGGAAGUCGUGCGAUCGAUCCAUGAGUGCGGGGUGGGCGCGAUGCUACCGCGGCUGCGAAUCGCCGCGGCGGAGGGUCGAAAGGUGACCGCUGCUUCUUUGGAUCUUUUUAUUGCCGCUUGCGCGCUAGGCGAGGGUGACCGGGGCGCGGAGGGGGUGCUCGCCACUUACCCCUCUUUCGGGGUGAAGCCGACUUGCUUUACUUACACUGCGCUGCUCUGGAGCUACCGGAAAGAGGGAUCCGCUUUUCGUGGGAUGAAUCGACUGCGCUCACUGAUGCGCAGCAUGGCUGAGUGUGAACUCGCAGUAGACGACACCUUUCUCCGGGAGGCGAUGGAAAUGGCUCUAUCCACGGGUGAUUUGGAGUGCGCGCUCGCAAUCGCCGAUCAGCAUGCGGAACUUCAUAUUACAAUGGAUAGUCGACAGUGCACGAGUCUACUGGAGAAGCUUUCCAUUGCUGUUGACGUUGUGGGAACACGGCGUGCGCUGCGUGCGAUGCGCUCCUGCAAGACACUGAUAGACUCACGGAGCGUGGAGUUUUGUAAAUCGACUUUUGAGAACUGGAAAAUCAAAUGCGACGACUUAACGAGUCUUUAG